AUGGCCAUGGGAAAUUAUUUUCUUGAAUUCUUAAUUCUUAUGGCACCUUUUAUUGUCAUAUGGAGAUCAACUACAGUGAAUAAACCUAAGAAUCUCACAGUUUCUUCUUCAUCUCAAAGGGAUGUGAAUUUCACUGAUCUGCCGUUCGACAUUAUAAUCAACAUCAUCAACAGACUGCCAUUUAAAUCUCUCUUCCAAAUCUGCCUCGUUAGCAGAUCAUGGCGUUCUCUAUUAUCCAUGCCCGAAAUCGCCAUUCAUAUCAACGUAGUUUCUCAAAAAAAUUACACACUAUUGAGUUACAAUGAUGUUACAAGCCCCAGUGAUGUGAUUUGGAAAUUCAAGAUUCCAAUAGAACUGCUAUCUCUAGAGUAUGUGCUAUUGAAACCUGUUAAUGGUAUACUUUGUAUUUGUGGACCUUUAUAUUCCCAUGUUUCUUAUGUCUACUUAUGGAACCCUUUAACUAAAGAAUUCAAAGCUUUGCCUAGGCCAAAAAUUCAUAUGGGAUAUGUUGCUUUUGACUUUGGCUUUGGUUUUGUUCCUAAAACCAAUGAUUAUAAAGUACUGAGGAUAGUAAGUCAUGAGAGAAAGCCUGAUUCAUGGAUUCAUGAAAUUUACUCUUUGAAUCGCAAUUCUUGGAGAAGGGUUCAGAAAUCGUGCUCGGAUAUUUUUGUAACUAUUAAUUUGGAGAAAGAAGUGAUCAUUGAGGUGGGAUUAUCUAACAGAAGAAGGGAACAUAGUGAAGAAAUAACUACUUGGAGAAAUGAGAUGGAUAAUGCUAUGUCAUUGACAUAUCCUGAAGAUGGUCUGGCUCUAUGUCAUAGUAAAUAUGGCCAACAAUAUUGGCGUGGCUAUAAAUCAUACUCUACAAGAAAGUUCGCUUUUGCUGGGAGCCUUGUUUCACUCAAUAGAAAUUACGACAGUCUUGGUUAA